GAUCUUCACAGAAUAUGAUAGUGUCUAUUGAACUUCAUUUUUGCUAAAUUAAUAUCAUAAAAUCACAAUGAAGAAAAUUUGGUUGUUAAAGUCUUUUUCUGAUCAUGAUAAAUCAUAUGAAAGUAAAUUGCAAGAAGCUGGAUUCAAUGUUCAGCUCAUACCUGUAAUUUCAUUUAAAAAUGUCAAUUUGGAUGCCAUUAAAUCUUGCCUUCAGUGCCCAGAUGAUUACUCAGGAAUAAUAUUCACCAGCAAACAAGCUGUGAAAGCUGUCCAGGAAAAAUAUUCUGUGCUUUCAGUGGAUCAGCACAAGAGUUGGCUUUCCAAGAAACAUUUUGUUGUUGGUGAAGUGACAGCCAAAGCAGUCCAUGAAAGUCUUGGGCUCAAUACACUUGGUUCUCAGUGUGGAAACUCUAAGCAGCUUGCCGAGUUCAUCAUUUCUCAAGUUCCAGCUUUUGAGAAGCCUCUGUUGUUCCCAUGCAGCAACAUAAAGAAAGAUGAUCUUCCCAAGUUAUUAGCCUCCAAUGAUCGAGACUUCAGAGCUUUGACCUGUUACAAAACUUUACCUCAUCCUAAUUUGAAGAGUUUACUCCAGUCUGCCAUCAAAGAUGGGAGAAUGCCUGAUGUGAUGGUAUUUUUCAGUCCUUCUGGAGUAGAAUUUACCAUUCCAAUUCUCAGAAACCUGGGAGUAUCAAUGACUGGUAUUUCAUUGGUUGCUAUUGGUCCAUCAACUAAUGUUGCACUGGUGACAGAAAACCUGCCUGUAGCAAGUGUGUGCAAUGCUCCCACUGUUGAUGCUGUGCUUUAUUCUAUUAAAGGACUCAAUCUGUAAUAUGUGACUCAAACAACUGUGUUUAUAUAUUUUUUCCUAGCUCUCAAUUUAUCAUCUAUUGCAUUGUACAAGAGCAUAAGGCAUUAUUUUAUGCAUAGUUAUUUUUUGAUGUUUUGCAAAUUAAAUUUAUUGUAUGACAUUAUAUGCAUUAUUAGUACAUUGACAAUAUCAAUGCAGGAA